UUCAAACUGUCACUCACCCAUCAAUAGUAUUUUAAUCCCCCCCCUCAAAAAAACUUACAAUGUCUUUUUAUUACGGGGAAGAGCUCGACAGUGACAAAUCUGAUCCAUUCCAUAGUGAGAUAAAUCACUAGCGUCUGUUCCAAGAAGGCAAAUACAGGGGAUUGGAGGGGAGCCAAUUUCUGUUCUGGGUUUUUGGGAUUUUGCUCUGAUUUUGCAAAAUGAGUUCAUCUAAGACUGUGAGGAAACUUCAGGUGGAGUCUCCAGUGCCUGCGGAUAUAGUCAUUGCCAAUUCAGUGGAGCCUCUGCACAUCGCUGAGAUCGCCAAAGACCUCAAUCUCAGCCCCACCCACUACGAUCUUUAUGGCAAAUACAAGGCCAAGGUCUUGUUGUCUGCACUUGAUGAGCUUAAGGGAUCUGGGGAUGGAUAUUAUGUGGUGGUUGGAGGGAUUACUCCUACCCCUCUUGGGGAAGGCAAAUCCACUACUACUGUUGGUCUCUGUCAAGCUCUUGGCGCUUUUCUUGACAAAAAGGUGGUUACCUGCCUCCGCCAGCCGUCACAGGGACCAACAUUUGGAAUCAAGGGCGGUGCAGCCGGAGGUGGUUACAGUCAAGUGAUUCCAAUGGAUGAAUUUAAUCUUCACCUAACUGGAGAUAUUCAUGCAAUAACAGCUGCAAACAAUCUCUUAGCAGCUGCUAUUGAUACCCGGAUUUUCCAUGAGGCAUCUCAGUCAGAUAAGGCUCUCUUUAAUCGGCUCUGCCCGCCAAACAAAGAAGGAAAACGGAGCUUUAGCGGUAUCAUGUUACGACGUUUGAAGAAGCUUGACAUUGCCAAGACAAAACCAGAAGAUCUUACGCCAGAAGAAGUUAAAAAGUUUGCCAGGCUUGAUAUUGAUCCAAAUUCUAUUACCUGGAGGCGAGUCAUGGAUGUAAAUGACCGGUUCUUAAGGAAAAUUUCUAUCGGCCAGGGUCCGGAUGAGAAAGGGAUGGUGAGAGAAACUGCAUUUGAUAUUUCAGUUGCCAGUGAAAUAAUGGCAGUUUUGGCCCUUACAACAUCCCUGGCUGAUAUGAGAGAGAGGCUAGGAAAAAUGGUUAUUGGAAAUAGCAAGGCUGGUGACCCUAUAACUGCUGAUGAUCUCGGUGUAGGUGGUGCUUUGACCGUGCUGAUGAAGGAUGCCAUUAACCCGACAUUAAUGCAGACUCUCGAGGGAACUCCUGUUCUUGUUCACGCCGGUCCUUUUGCAAAUAUUGCUCAUGGUAAUUCCUCUAUAGUGGCUGAUAAGAUUGCCCUGAAGCUGGUAGGACAGGGUGGGUUUGUAGUCACAGAAGCAGGUUUUGGGGCUGAUAUUGGCGCUGAGAAAUUUAUGAACAUAAAAUGUCGCUAUAGCGGUUUAACUCCUCAAUGUGCUGUAAUUGUGGCGACGAUAAGGGCAUUGAAAAUGCAUGGGGGUGGGCCAGAAGUUGUUGCAGGGAGACCUCUUGACCAUGCCUAUUUAAAUGAAAAUGUGGGUCUUGUUGAAGCUGGCUGUGUUAAUUUGGCCAGGCAUAUUGCAAACACAAAGGCUUAUGGUGUGAAUGUAGUCGUUGCUGUGAACAAAUUCACCACAGAUACCGAAGCAGAAAUGAAUGCGGUUCGGAACGCUGCGUUGGCUGCGGGGGCAUAUGAUGCCGUUAUUUGUACCCAUCAUGCUCAUGGUGGAAAAGGAGCAGUCGACCUUGGGAUUGCAGUUCAAAAAGCAUGUGAGAAUGUAACACAGCCAUUGAAAUUCUUAUAUUCACUGGAUGUAAGUAUUAAAGACAAAAUAGAAGCAAUAGCCAAGUCCUACGGAGCCAGUGCGGUGGAGUACUCGGAACAGGCUGAGAAACAGAUUGAAAUGUACAGCAGGCAAGGAUUUUCGAAUCUACCGAUCUGUAUGGCGAAGACGCAAUACUCCUUCUCACACAAUGCUUCCGAAAAGGGAGCACCAACCGGAUUCAAGUUGCCGAUAAGGGAUGUGAGGGCGAGCAUUGGUGCUGGCUUCAUUUACCCCUUGGUAGGAACCAUGAGUACAAUGCCGGGGCUUCCUACAAGACCUUGCUUUUACGACAUCGAUCUCGACACCGUUACCGGAAAGGUCAUUGGUCUUUCUUGAAGCUGGAAGAGGAGCCUUCCAAAACAAUUUCCUUGCCUGGAACUUUCUGGUUUGGGGAACAAGCAAUUCUCAACAUUAUCCAGCAACAACUGUCUCAAAAGUUCUUGUCCAAGUACAUUUUCUUUGUUCUUCACUGUUGUGAUUCUAGUCCUUCCUGUCAUGAUGCCGCUUUGCUGAAUUUUGAAUAGUAUGAAAUUAUAUCAAGUUAAUAAAAUGGAAAAAGGAAAUCACGUCUGUGUUAUUGCUUAUAUA